GCCGCUCUCAAGUCUUCCACGGCAUAACGCACCACAUCACCGACUUAACAACAAUCCCAAACCAGCAUUAUUGUGAAAGAAAUAAUGCUACGUGUCAGCAGAUUUGUGGCGUUUGCCGUGGUUACGUUAGUUGUUUGCUGCAAUGCUGACCCUCGUCAGGAGCAAGAAGAGCACAACGCAGCUGAUCGUUACGACAAUGGUAACAAACCACAAAACCUCGAGUCUAUAGGACACAAUUUGGUGAGGCAAGUCCGCGAGGCUCAUCGCAUGUCACAUUUGGGAAGACGCUAUGAAUAUAUAAGUCCACUUGGUAGAAAUCUGGUUGCGCCAUUCGAAUACGGAUAUUACGGAGAUGGUCUGCCAAAACGAAACUUUGAUGAAAUCGACCGAUCGAACUUGAACACAUUUGUGAAGAAGCGAAACUUCGACGAAAUAGACCAGUCGUCCAUGCCCUUCCCGUUCAAGAGAUUCUACCCGUUCAUGGGACCUAACUACGUGGACAUCCCAGUCUCAAGCCUAGACAAGAAGCGCUACAGACCCGAUUAUCCUAUGGACGAAAUUGACUUCUCACAGUUCCCUAUUGGUUCUAAAAGAUCGGAAAAUACCCACUCUCUACGAUAAUCAGUAUGCAGUAAACAUCCUAAAAGGCUCAAUCGCUACGUAUUAAGAUAUUUGUCUCGCUUUCUUGGAAUACAUUGACACGAUAUAAACUUUACUUCUUUUUAUUUAAAACAUCAUAAACAAAAUUGUUUAUUGGUUAUCAUUAUAUGAAUAAAGUUAUGUAUUCUAUAUUAGAUAUAUUUUUAAUCUGACUGUAAUUUUAUUAGAAGAAAAUUAAACGCUUUUAAUAUAAAAAAAUAUUUAUCCUUGUAAGAAAUUGUAUGUUAGUUAAAUGUUGUUACACAUAUUACAUAGGUAUAAUUAUUUAUUGUAAAAU